AUGGCUUCUCUACGCAACGCUCUUUUCUGCCUUAUGGCUGCCUCUGCAACCGUUUACGCCGAGCACCUCAAGGUCGUUUGGUCAUCCGGUGACUUCUCAUCCAUUUCCGGUCCUGCCGGUGGCAACACAAAUGGCCACUACAGUGGAUUCGCAAUCAUCAAUGACGCAGGCGAUGCUAUCUACAACCAGGGAUUCCCUGACGACCACGCGCCCUGCUACAACACCGGCGACGGCCGCGAGUUCACCAUCGAGGGUGAUUGCUGGAGCACUCCCCGCAAGUUCAAGUGCAAGGCUGAUUUUGGAGGUCACCCUGACACCUGUGAGGUGAAGGAUGGCGACGGAAACAGCCUCGGUACUGGUGACGGAAAGACCGACACAACCUUCAUUGGUAUUGCCAUUGGCCAGGACGCCAGCUGUGUCGUUGAAUUUGAGUCCGACAGCGAUGGUUGCCCUGUUGAUGAUGGCAAUGGCCCUCUGCAUGUUACCUCAGGCUAA